UUCAUCAACUGAGGCCCGUGAUCAACUGCCUGGCAUCAGAUUCUAAUGAUGAUCAAAACAAUUGAUUUUUCGGCAACUGCACAACAAAUGUUUACCCAGCCAAGUCCAACCAAGUGCACUACGGAGGCCUCAAGUUUGGGAGAUCAAGUGGGUAUUGAGCGCCAACUUAAAAGCCAGGCCUAGGGUCCCCGUGCAAACCGCGCCAAAAAGAUUUAAUACCGAUAAGCUCCCUCUUUAAGCCUUCCAUCGUAGAUACUUGAUCUGUUGGGACCUGACACCCCGCAUCAUAAAUGCCUGGUGGUAUACAGCCACCUCAAAACGUGUUCUUCCUCUCUAUACACUGAUUGUUUGUUAUGGCGGUAGACAUUCGUGAUACGUUUGGCGCAGGGCUCAUCGGGGGUAUGGUAGCUGCAAUCUUAUAUGGUAUCACGACUCUGCAGACAUACUUGUAUUAUGUGUAUUACCCCAGAGAUACCCAUGGCCUGAAAGUACUGGUUGCGUCCAUCUGGGUCAUCGACACUCUACACGUCUCCUUUAUGUGUCAUGCUCUGUAUUACUACCUUGUGACGAAUUUUGGUGACCCGGAUAACCUUGGAACUGGAGUUUGGUCCCUUUUUACAUCGCUCGGUCUAAAUCUCGUCAUGGCUGUGCUCGUGCAAACAUACUUUGCUUUUCGGAUAUACCACCUAACCCGCUCCAAGAUCCGAUGGUGGCUGACAUCCUUUCUUAUGUUGGUCGUUCUCGCACACUUCGGUAAGAUUCCGUAUACGACUCGUCAAAGCAGCUCAUUGAUCAGAGACUUAGCCUUUGGAUUAGAGACAGUUAUCUUCAUGUUCAUCAAGAAGCAAUUCAGCGCGCUAUCGGAGAUCACUCUCUAUGCUGCUACGCCUUUCGCUAUUACUGCUGUUUUGUCCGAUGUUUUCAUUGCUGGUUCACUGUGCAUUCUUCUCCACGGCAAUCGCAGUCCUGUCGUCGAGACUAACACACUUGUUAAUACGUUGAUCGUAUACGCCAUCAAUCGUUGUCUACUGACUUCAGUCGUUGCCGUGGCGGAAGUCAUCGCAUUUGCUAUCAUCCCAGGCAGUCUGUGGUUCAUCGCGAUAGAUUUCGUUAUCGGAAAGUUAUAUGCCAAUUCCCUUCUUGCAUCCCUAAAUAGCCGAAGUGCCCUGCGAGGACGUAACCACACUCGCGAUGUCCUCAAGUGACAGGGACAGCAGUGGAGGGACCCAGAGUAAAACGACAGCCAGCACUGUCUCCGCUCGUGCCUGUGGAAAACCGGUUCCAGGUAUAGAUAUCG